CAACAAAUUAAGUUGAUCGAUAUCUUCUAAACUUCCACUUCUACUAGAGAACACGCAAUCAUAGGCCACAGUCCUAUAUUCGACUUCAACUUCUCUUAAGAGUCUGGAUUUUCGUAGAGGUAACCAGCUCAACCCAUUUUCCAUUGAAGCCUGCACUUUCCAGUUGGGUCAAUAUAACAGGAGCGUCAAGCCUCAAGUCUCUAUUUUGUCAGGAUAAAAUGUCUUCUGAGCCGAUGAAUGUGAAUGACUUCAAAGAAUUGGCUAGGCAGGCACUUCCAAAAAUGUAUUAUGAUUUCUAUGCAGGGGGUGCUGAGGACCAACACACACUUAGAGAGAACAUACAAGCUUUCCAUAAAAUCACGAUCCGACCUAGAGUUCUUGUGGAUGUGAGCAAAAUUGAUAUGUCAACAACCAUAUUGGGCUAUCGCAUAUCUGCACCUAUCAUGGUUGCUCCAACUGCAGCACAUAAGCUAGCAUACCAUGAAGGAGAACUAGCCACGGCCAGGGCAGCAGCUGCUGCAAAAACCAUAAUGGUUCUAUCCUACUCUGCGACCUCUUCAAUAGAGGAAGUUGCCUCUAGCUGUGAUGCUGUCCGUUUUUUUCAAUUAUAUGUAUUCAAAAGGCGUGAUAUCACAACUCUGCUAGUAAAGAGAGCUGAGAGAUCUGGAUACAAGGCAAUAGUCCUGACUGCUGAUACUCCUCGGCUUGGAAGAAGGGAGGCUGACAUAAAGAACAAAAUGAUUGCACCUCCAGUGAAGAAUCUUGAAGGCCUCGUAUCGGUUGAAAUUAACUCUGAUCAAGGUUCAAAAUUAGAAGCUCAUGCCAAUGCGACCUUGGAUGCAUCUCUGCGCUGGGAAGAUAUAGGAUGGUUAAGAUCAAUCACUAGCCUGCCAAUUUUGAUCAAGGGAAUUCUUACUCAUGAAGAUGCAACUAGAGCUGUGGAAGCAGGUGUUGAUGGAAUUAUUGUCUCCAAUCAUGGGGCCCGCCAACUCGAUUUUGCUCCUGCUACUGUUUCUGUUCUUGAAGAGGUAGUUCAUGCUGUCAAGGGUAGAGUUCCUGUCCUCUUCGACGGAGGUGUGCGACGAGGAACAGAUGUGUUUAAGGCGUUAGCCCUUGGUGCCCAAGCAGUCCUUAUAGGGAGACCAGUUUUGUUUGGGCUAGCAGCAAAGGGAGAAGAGGGAGUAAGAACAGUGCUGGAAAUGCUCAAGAAUGAGUUGGAGAUCACUAUGGCACUUUCUGGUUGCCCGUCCAUCAAGGAUAUUACUAGAAGCCUUGUGAGGACACAGUAUGAUAAGCUGCAAUCAAUGCUUUAAUGUGUUUGCGUUAUAAUAUAAGUAAGCAGCUACCUCCUGUCCUGAUUUACAUAAAGGAGUUCUGCAAGGAUGUAUCUCCAAUUCUUCAGUAAUGUUAUUCCUAAUAUUUGGAGACUUCUGAUAAAUAGCUCUAAAAGUAUUUAAACACUUUCCACUCUAUCGAUCAGAACCUUAGUGAGGAGGCAAA